ACAAAAACAUGGGUGCUAAUCAUUUAGCGCACUGAAUUCAUCGUCUCUAAGCAUUUUAUGUUGGUUCAUUUGUUGCAAGGAAUUACCUGAAAAAUAAAAAUAGUUUAUGUAUUAAAUUACAUGAAAACAUAAAACAGAUAGGUGACUUCUAGGAUUGGCCAAACGCAAUUCAAAAAAUUCUGUGUUUCUUCGCAAUUUAAAUUCAAUUUAAUAUUAUUCCGUGUUUCGAUUAAAAUUCUGGAUAGCAUUAAAGUACAAACAGUUCUAAAAGUCAUUUAUUCCAUUUAUUCUUGAUAGGAUUUUAACUCUUUUACUGAAAAGAAAUCAAUUAAGAAUACAAAAGAUGAAGGUAGAUGAAAAGCAUUUGAUUAGUGAUAAGUUUGCACCAUUUGAUUCAGACGCAACAGUCCAAAUUGAAGCUCACACUGAUAAAAAAGACUUCAUUUGUGAUAUUUGUGGCAAGGCCUUUUCUCAAAAACGUUAUUUAAAAGUACAUUAUGAAAUACAUACCAGUGAAAAGGCUUUUAUUUGCGAUAUAUGCAUGAAAGAAUUUUCUCGAAAACAGUAUUUACAAAUUCACAUCCGUACUCAUACAAAUGAAAAAAAUUAUUCUUGUGAUUUAUGCAAUAAGCGAUUUGCUUGGAAGAAUGAUUUAACGAGACAUUAUCUUUAUCAUGCAAAAGAAAAACCAUACUCUUGUGAUGUAUGCAAUAAAGGAUUUGCCGAGAAAACUUAUUUAAGAUACCAUUAUCGAACUCAUACAAAUGAUACACCCUAUUCUUGUGAUAUAUGUGGUAAAAAACUUACGCGUAGAAGGAGUUUGAAAAGGCAUUAUAGAUCUCAUACAAAGGAAAAGCCCUAUUCUUGUGAGGUAUGCAAUCAGAUGUUUUCUGAUCGAUGUAGUUUAAAUAAACAUAAUAGAAUUCAUGAGAAUGAUAAACGUUAUUCCUGUGAAGAAUGCGGUAAAGGAUUUUAUAGGAAAAAUGAUUUGAAUAGACAUUAUCGUUAUCAUACGAAUGAAAAACCCUACCCUUGUAAUGUAUGUGGCAAAAAAUUUUUUCAGGCAUCGCAUUUAAAGAACCAUUUUCUUACACAUACAAAUGAAAAACCUUAUUCUUGUGAAGUAUGCGAUAAAAAAUUCUCCAGGAAAAGUAAUUUAAAUGACCAUUUUAGAACUCAUAUAGAUGAAAAACCUUUUUCUUGUGAUGAAUGCGGCAAAGUAUUUAGUCGAAAACGUGAUGUAACUCAGCAUUCUCGUAUUCAUACGAAAGAAAAGUUGCAUGUUUGUCAUACUUGUGGCAAAGCAUUUUCUAAGAAAUGUAGUUUGAGUAAACAUUUUCUUACUCACUCAGAUGAAAAGAAUUUACCUUUGUUCGAUAUGAAGUAAAUAAAUUUACCAGAAGAAUAAUGUUUAUGGAACAUUAAAUAUAACAUAAACAAACAUAACCUCCAAAUUUUUUGUGAUAACGAAAUAUCUGAGAAAGAUUAUUUGCAUGAAUAUUUAUUUUUAUAGGCCAAGCUCGACCUUUUCUUGAAUGUGAUAUAUGCGGACUAAACUAUAUUUUUAUAAAAAUAAAUAAUUAUUUUGAAACUAUCUCAUUUUUUAUGUGCAUACUUGUAAUUUCUAGGGCGUCAACUUGAAAAACACAUCUAUGAUUUCCUUGGAAUCGUACAAAUGAUUUGCCCUUUUGUGUAUCAGCAUUUGUGCAGCAAGAAAUCAUAAUGUAUGCUUCUAGUAUGAUUUUUAAAAAUAUAAAAGAAUGAAGGAAUAUUAAAACAUUACUAGAAACUUGCCUACAUCAGAAAAGAAUUUAGUAAAUCCAACUUAAAGUUUCAUGGUUGGACACCUUCUCAUAGCUCCGUACCUGUAACCAUUAUGGCUACUAAACGGUUUAAUGCACAUGAAAAUGGCACCUCUACACAUUACCUGAAAUAGAUUUGCUAAUUACAUUUUUAAGGAAUUGCUAGUGAAAAGGAACUAUAAAGACCAGAAAAAGUAAACCUAAAUUCAGAAGAAGGGGCGGAAAUGCCAAUAUCACUGCAAGUAUAAGAAUAUCUAUGGAAUUUACAAUAAAAAUAAAACACUGGAAUUUAAAAAAAAAAAAAAAGAAAGUGGCUAUUACUUUAAACAUUAAAUUAAUGAAAAAUUAUAUUAAAAAGGAAAAACAAUAGGGAUAUUAAAACAUAAGUGAGUGAUUAGAUGCUUUAAUGAUAUUUAAGAGAAUAACAAAAACUAUCCACAAAUAAAUACAAAAACUUCGAUAUAAAAUCAAAAUACUGAAGAGAAUUUUAAAAAUCCGUCAUUUAGAAGAAUUACAGAUGAAAAGGUAUUCAAUUCUGACUCGGUAAGAGUGGUGUAUAAAAAAAAAUUUUAAAAAAAACAUUGAACUUCUGUAAAUGUUUAUGUAUCUGGUCUGCUGAGACUGCUAAGUUAAAAGCGAAUUUUCCUUUGAAAAGAAUUAAAUCUAUAGCAAUUAAGAGCUCAGGAUUGUUGAAGAAGUGUUCUGUUUUGAAGAAUGAAAUUAAUUAUUUUGCGGAUUAUUUGCCUGGAUAAGUUAUUGGGUGCAAAUCUCUAAAGCCAUUUUAGAAUUAAAUUAGAUACGGAUUUUUUUAGAAUGCUAGGAAACUAUGAAAAUGCACUCUGUAAUGUAGUGAAAUGCAGUUCCAGUAGCUCUACAUGUGCAAAAGGUGAAUUAUGUGAAGACAAUACAAGGAAGUCUUAGAGUAUUUAUAAAUGUUAUCCCCAUUGUUAUGCAAAAAAAUGUAAAAAUAUAAUAGAAGUAGUUAUUUUUCUACAAUGUAGACUAGAUUUUAAUCUCUGCCUUUCAUAAAUUUGUAUUACUGUCUGUCUGUUACC